AUGACUUUCACCAGGGUGCUACACAUCGCAGCUCUGUUCCUGAUGCAAGGGGAUUUUCCAGGAGCUGGCAGUGAAACCGUAAUUCUAAAGGAAGGAGAGGACCUAAAUCUCCGCUGCACCCUCAGCAGUGACAAAGGUUCUGCCCGGCAGUGGUUAAACCCUCACGGGUUUGCCAUUUUUCUCAACGCCCAUCGGGCUUUAAGAGAUCAGAGGUACAAACUUAUCCAUUAUUCAAAGGAUGAAUUAGCCAUCCGACUGUCUAACGUAACGGUGCGUGAUGAAGGCGUAUAUAAAUGCUUCUACUACGGCAUGCCGUUCAAAAGCAAGAACAAGACCGUCAAGGUGUUAGCUGCUCCUUCCGAUCCAGUACUGGAAGUAUCCCGAGACACAGGAAGAAGCAUAACGCUGUCAUGCCAUACCCAGGGAUGUAAACCACAGCCCCAGAUUACCUGGCUGUUGGACAACGGAAUAGAGCUCUCCGGUGACACUAAGCACAAGUUAGAAGCUGAUGGGAAGAAAUGGACCACAACCAGCAGGCUGACCGUCCUCGCUUACAGGCCCAAUUCAACAGCCAGUUGCAUCGUUCGCCACCAAGCACUAAGAGAAGAGAAGUUGACGGCCUCUUUCCAGUUUGAGGACCUCCCUAGGACAGUGACAAAACCAAAUCCUGCGCCAGCUGUGCGAGAGGUGGCUACCGGUGUCUCCGAGAACGAGCAAUCUACAGUGACCACAGCAGAGCCAGAUCUGAACGGCAGCAUCGCCUCCACUCCGAAUUACCCACAACAUACUGGGUCCGAAGUGACGUCAGCUGCAGCAGGAAAGGAAGGACUGGCUGGUUUGUCAAGUUAUCGCAUCCCCAACGGGACUGAAACAGCACCCAAUGGCAAUGUCACAGAAAAUGAACUUUCCAGGACAGAAACCCCACUGCCAAGUGAAAACGUAUCUGCGAUUUCCGUCAUCACCUUCGAGCAAGAUCUGAAGUCCGAAGGCAUCAACAAGAAAGAGAAGAAUCUCCUGCUGCCGAUCCUGGUGGCUGCUCUGAUUUUCGUGCUGCUCAUCAUUGUCCUGCUUUUUAUGAGGAAGCUGAAAAAAGCUCACGGAGUGUGGAAGAGAGAAAAUGAUGUUUCAGAACAGACACUGGAGAGUUAUAAAUCCAAAUCUAAUGAAGACAGUCCAGGCCACGAGAAGAACGGACACGUUGUCAAUCAGAAGUCCAACGUGCAAUAUGUAACAGAAGGAUAUGUGGAAAAAACGCAGAAGAAUCCUAGAGAAAAAACCAUUGCAAUAACUGAGAAAAUAUUUGGAUGCGGAAAGGAAACGGAUGUAUAG